AUGGAGGCAACCCAAUUGUCUGAAACUCAGCCUACGCAGCAAUCGCCACUUACUCAAACUCAGAAUAAACCACAAUCAAAUCCAAAUCAAAUUUGUCAACUACUAUGCACCACUGGCCAAUACGCAAAUAAAACUCUUAAUUUAACCGACAAGCCGGAAGAAAACGGUAGGAUUGUUUGGUUCUUUGGUCGAGCGGGGGAUUCCGACUUGCAGCUCACUUCUUCGUCGCGUCUAUCUAAUCGACAUUUCAUAAUUUGGUUCAAUUUAAAGGAUAAUUCGUUAUGGCUCAGGGACACGUCAACAAAUGGGACUUAUAGGAAUGGUCAGCGAGCAGUUAAAGGGUCAAACUAUUUACUAAGUCAGGGUGACGAAAUAAGUGUAGGCAACGGGGUCCCCAAAGAUGUGGUAAAGUUUAUUGUGGUAUUCUCAGAUCGAUUCAAUCCAUCGUUAGCUCCCGACACAGACAUCCAAGAUGAAGGAAUUCACAAAGACUACGUCAUCAAAACGGAAACUAUUGGACAAGGGGCUUUUGCAACUGUGAAAAAAUGCAUAGAGCGCUCAACGGGGAACCAGUAUGCGGUAAAGAUUAUAAACCGACGGAAAGCGUUGAGUAGCACAGGUGGCGCAAGUGCUUUAUCGGGAGCUGAACGUGAACUAUCAAUUCUUCGCAAACUACAUCACCCAAACAUUGUGUCCCUAAAGGGCUUUUACGAGGAUGCUGACAAUUAUUAUAUAAUCAUGGAACUAGUUCCUGGUGGCGAUUUGAUGGGUUUUGUUGAAGAGUUUGGUCCAGUUGGAGAAGAAGCCACGAGGGUUAUUACCAGGCAGAUCUUAGAGGGUAUAAAUUAUGUGCACCAGUUGGGGAUAUCGCACAGAGACUUGAAACCAGAUAAUAUUUUGAUUAUGCAGGAUGAGCCUAUUUUGGUCAAGAUCACUGAUUUUGGAUUGGCAAAAUUCAGUGAUAAUCUGACUGUUAUGAAGACUUUUUGUGGGACUUUGGCGUACUUGGCUCCUGAGGUGAUCACGGGGAAAUACGGUCUGUCUCAAGCAAGCCAAGCUAAUAGCAACUAUUCUUCUUUGGUGGAUAUUUGGUCGUUGGGAUGCUUGGUGUAUGUGCUAUUAACUGCGCUUGUUCCAUUUCCGGGAAAUAGUCAUCAAAAGAUGUUUGCAAGGAUCAAGAAGGGAGAGUAUCAAAAGACACCAUUGGAUUCGAAUCAAAUAACCAAAGAGUGUCAGGAUUUUCUUCGGUGUUGUUUGCAAGUUGAUCCAGAGAGGAGAAUGACUGCGGCAGAAGCUUUGAAGCAUGAGUGGUUAGCUGGGGAUGAUCCAUCGCAAUCGUCUCAAAAACCAUUAAGUUUAUCACAAUCGCAAUCGCAGCAAUCCCGCAAGGUUGAGAAUAGUCAAUUUGAUUCAUUGAGCAGAAUUGACGAGGAUUUCAUGCUCCGGCCUUUGGAUAGUGAAAAGAACCGCAAAACUUCGAAACAGAAACAGAACGAUUUCAAAGUUCCCAAGAGGGUGGUGCCGUUACCACAAUCGCAGGUUCCUGUAUCACAACCACGGCCAAUGUCGCAACCAUUGAAGCGUCCACAUCCAAUUGACACAGUCCACGGUUCAACCAAGCGCAUAAGAUUGGAGCCUCUGCCGGAACACAAACACAAUGGCAACGACAAUGGCAUUGAUGCCAAUGUCUCUAUCAAGGAGGAGGAUUUGAUGGAUGAAGAAGAUGGCGCCACAAACCUCUUGUCAUUAGAGCCAAUACCUGGCUCGAUAUACUCUGACCCUAUUUCAAUUUCCAAUGACAGGUUUGCCAUUGGACGUGCAGAUGUGUGCAACAUAGCAAUCAAUGACGACCGGUUGUCCAAGAUCCAUUGCAUAUUCAAAACCGAUAAUCGCAGUAUUUGGCUACUAGACAUGAGCACAAACUCGUGCAAAGUGAAUAGGACGGCCAUAGGCAAGGGGAUGAAAAGACAAUUGAUGGAUGGUGAUACAGUGUAUCUUUUUGAUGACCAAGACAAUAGAGAGUUUAUUGCUUUUACUGUGAGUAUGAGUAUGAGUAUGAGUAUGAGCCCAGUGGAUGGAGAUGGGGUCUCUAGUUCCGAAAUCAGAGUGUUGGAGCAAAGUAUGGAUGAUUUGAAGUUGAAAAAUCUGCUUCUAGAAAGAAUGUAA